AUGGAAUCUCAGAUGCACCGGCGUCCAGUGGCCGCCAAGUAUGGCAAGAAUAAGGGCAGAGCCAUGGGCUACAACUUUUUCGCAGAAGUCACGAAUCAAUCUGUACCGAAGGCACCUUCUCCCACGAAGCAGUUCCCAAUCAGUCCGCAGUCCUCAUCGAGCGAGGAAAGAGGAAAUCGAGAUGCUAUACCGAUAGAACCACCUUCACCUUCACCUUCGCCAGCGAGUGGACCUAUACGCACUAUGGCAUAUUCCAAGUCAUCACUCUCACCUGGUCCUGGGAUACGACCUGCGUCAUCAAUGAAGUCUUCCGCGAAACCGACAGCGAAGCAAGAGCCAGCCGCAUUUGAGAUUAUCUCUUCAGAUGAGGAUAAGGACACGAAUGAUGGUCGUCCAUCGAAAAAGCGGAGACUCGGACAAACAAUGAAGCAAACGAAGCGUGUGCAGGUCGAGGUCGAAACAAGUGGUACACGCUCAGUCGCGGAGUCAAAGGAGGCCGGAAAGAAAAUGGAAAAGCUGGUUUCAAGAACACAAGAGGUCUCCACGGAUGAAAGUCAGACAUUGAAUCCUCAAUCUAAACUUGCUGAAAGUGCGUGCCUUCCUCAGCCUGCGGUACAGAAGACAAACAGGCAGAUUCUGGCGAAGAAGCAGGAGAAUGGCAUGCAAAAACAAAAGGCUGACAUUCGAGACCAAUCGAGACCAGAAAUGCCCAGGACAAGGAGAUUGGCACCGAAUAACCUUCCCUCCGCAGCCAGUCGCGAUGUCUUUGACUUACCAGAGGUCGUACCCAUCAAGACAAAGUCAAAGACGAAGCUCAAGAGGACGAGUCGUAAUCCAAACCCGUCAGACACAAAAGAGGACAAGCUUUUAGACCAUGAAGAGCCCAGUGACUAUUUCGAGGCAAAAGCAAAGCCAGUGCGAAGAACUAGAGCCUUAGUGAAAACCAAUGCUGAGAAUCUGCAGACUCCGAGAAAGAACCAGCGACGCACGACAGACGACGAUGAGGUAUCUGUGACGAGUGUAGGCACUCCGGGCUCGAUUGGCUUGACCGAACUACGUCUUUCACCAGGGCACAGUCCAACGCCUCUGGCUAGCCGCAGUCCUUCCAUAUCUGGCGACUCUGCGCAGAGCCCUCGUCCUCAUGGUCGCAUGAGGAGAAUAGAUACGCUCGAUGCACCUAAAGAUACUUCUGCGCAUACGACCUCGUGCGGUCCUUCUGCAAGUCAGGAAAGCUCAACGCUCACACGACGAUUACAGCAAGUGGUCAGUCUAGAGCAGACUCAAAGUGCUAUAACCUUACCGACUCUAUCGCGCUCUAACAGCUCUCAACGUCUGGGCUAUGGUAGAGCACGAGCUACCUAUGGCAAAGAACGAUCACAUCUAGCUGACAUGGUUAGUGACCUUGAUGCACUAAACCAGACCGACAGCCAGGAGGUCAGUCAAAGACUCGCUUCUCAGCUAGCUGCCACAGGUGCCUCCUCACAAUUGCAAAUGGAUCUUGAUAUCCAAGAUAGUUCCAGUGACGAUGCAGGAAAAGGCUUCAAGCUGAAGAGCAUUCACGAGUUAAGACAAGCUGGAACCAACGACCGUUUUGAGAGGGAUCUCGAAGCCCUACUGGGAGACAUUGAUCCUACGCCAAGAACGGCUUCCAAGUCACUAAGAUUGACAGCAUGUAUGAAACUCUUUUCACGGCUGUCAGAGGAAAAGUUUGCGUCUUUCGUGUCUGAUCGCGGCCUAGAUAGGCUGACUGCGUGGUCGAGGUCAUUGCACGACAAUACUUCGAAGUUGUUGGUUGUGAUGAUUUUCUGGCGCCUGGUGCAUACAAAGAAUGCUUCGGCUGUAAAGGCCAGAACUAUCGUUCAAGCUGUGGCCUCAAGCAGUAGUUUGAUCACAAAUCUAGGGUCUAUGGCACAAAUGAUCAAAACCCGCAAAGAAAACCUCUCGAAGCAUACAAUCCAAGAGUUACAAGACUUCGAACAGACUCUGGUAAAAGACCAUUUACUACCAGCUCAAGAGGGUGAUCAGAUUGUGCCAGCUGCGGUCACGCUCGGUGCUUUGAACGACUCCUUACGCAGACUUGUUGAGGUUGGGACAACCAACAUUUCGAUUGGUACAGAGUCCUACAGAAAGAUCAUUUUCUUUAUGCUGCCCUCUGCCUCGCAGUCAUCAGGAGCAGAGGCUUUACGGAAUAAGUUUGUUAUUAAACUGGCCUUGUCUCUACUGCAAUUGUUCGCGACGCACUUAGAUAACGAUCUUGGUUUGACCGCUGAAGAAUAUGUCAAACUCGGAGACAUUCUCGCCGACAUUACGAAGAAAGCUAUGGAUGGAAGUGAAGACGUGAUCCAGGCCGUAUUGCACUUCACCAUCAGCUUGUGCAAUGAGAGACCUCACAUCUGCCAGUACCUUAAUUCCUCAAAAUUCAGCGAUGCAGCCAUGACCAUCGUGGAUAGUCGCUUUCUAGAUUUGGUCAAGUCAGUCGAGACCGGUUCGACAGUCGAUCCAGCCGUACUUGACUCAAUGCUGUUGACGCUGGCUUGUCUUCUUCAGUUCACAGAGCAUGACUUGAAGGCGCGAGAGAGCUUUGCUUAUAGUUGGCUACCAGACUCAUUGGACAACUACCUUACCAAGCUCACUUCCAUCUACACUGAAGCUGCUCCACGCCUCGCAGAUGCAAAGACAGCCGAGCAGGCUCAGGUUCUCGUGGCAUUCGGCUACCUUUCCCUCCUAAUAUGCAACUUAUGCCUAAGCGACGACCUAUGGACCGAGGCCUCGGCUUCUCUUGGAGACAACACGAUGUCAGAUGUAGUCGCGUCCGCAAAGGAGAUGCUCAUCCACCUACAAGGUAUCGAGCAGGGACAAACACAAGAUCACGACAUGAGCGAGCUUGAUGGAGAUGGCGCAUCAGCACUCGAUGGCUUCACUCAACGAUUCAGUGCUAUCUUGGCUGCCGUAAGAGUAUCUUGA